AUGGAUUUGGAGUUUGAUUUGCAGGAUUUGCAGAGUCGUUCGUUGUGUGAGAUGUUGCGUUUGUCUGACGACGACGAGGGUAAGAGUUUGAAGACCUGGAAAGUGCUAAUCUACGACGACGAGUCACGUAGGAUUAUUAGUCCAAUUUUACGUAUCGGUGAACUCAGGCGUCAGGGUGUGACGCUAAACCUUAACCUCUCAGACCGUCGUGAACCCCUGCCAGGCGUUGACGCCGUGUACUUAGUCACACCCACCGAGGACAAUGUGAACUUAAUAUUAUCCGACGCCAGGGAAAAAAAGUAUUCCAGAGUGCAUUUGAACUUUACGACUUAUACUUCUGAUGUGUUUCUGAGUGAUUUUGCACGUAGAUUUGCAGAGAUAAAUGCGUUCAAUUCUGUAGCCUCUGUUACUGACCGUUAUUUACACUUUAUUUCCCUGUCUCCAGUCACUUUUUCACUAAACUUACCCUCAGCUUUCAGAACUUUUUACGGUGAAACUGCUGAGGAACUGAGUAACUCUGUGUUAGAAACUGUUGUGGACAGGUUACUGUCAGUAUUGGUAACGUCAGGUGCACUCCCGUAUGUCCGUGCGCCACGCACGAAUUCACCUGCAAACACCGUGGCACAGCGGUUAUGUACUAAGUUACACGAGCUUGUGAGUUCUAGAAAUGCACUAGGACCAACUUAUAACAGACCACUUUGUAUUAUUUUGGACAGGACUGUAGACCUGAGCACCAUGAUCCAGCAUAGCUGGAACUACCAGCCACUGCUACAUGAUCUCUUCGGAAUUGAUAAUAACAAAGUUGCGAUUCCAGGACUGAGGAAAUCAUUUGACCUGGAAAAUAGUGAUAAGAUUUAUCAAGCCAUACUCUCACUACCACUCUCCGAUGUCGCCAUGUACAUCUCUAACUCACUCGAAUACUAUAACUCACAAAUCACACAAAUUAAUAAAUCGGAUGACAGUGGUAAUUUGGUGAAUGCGAUAAAUGCGAUACCGCAGUUGACGGAGCAGAAGCGUUUGUUGGACAUGCACACGAAUAUAGCAACGACGUUGGUCGACACGGUCAAACAACGUGAAAUUGAUCGUUUCUACGAGUUUGAAUAUGAUCUUGACAUCAUGUACGAUAAAAACUCCCUACAAGCCUUUGAAGAUUUGAUAAAUAAUCACAACGCAACACCCAUGGAUAAAUAUCGAUCACUACUCAUACUCAACAUCUCAAAACCGCAUAUGAGUGAUGAGAUAAUGAACGAUUAUGAGGAACGGAUAAAGAAAAGUGGUUUAAAGUGUGAGGGUUUAAGGGGUUUAAGAAGUCUAAUGCGCAUGCAAGAUUUCAGCUCCAACCUCAUGAAACACAUUCAAUCCGCCGUUAAUCAAUCUGUAAAGAACCAAUCUCCCAAUCCAACAGUAGUAAACCCUAUGGUGAAUCAGAAGAAUGAAAAUGUGUUACAGACUAAACCUGAACCCUCUCAAGCUCAUAAGAAACUUGCCAAUUAUAGCAGCAAACUUAUUGGCACUGGUUAUAAUCUCUUCAAGGGAGUUCGUAACUUAUUGCCUAGGAAGAAGAACUUGCACAUAGUGAAGAUAGUUGAGGACUUGAUAAACAAUUCCGAGAGCAUUUCUGAGGAUUUUGUGUUCUUUGACCCCAAGACUUCGGAUACGCCAGUCACUAAAUCCACAAAGCGAAUUACCUCUAAAAAAUGCUUCGUAUUUGUAGUCGGGGGUGCGUCGUACAAUGAAUCUCUAGCCAUCGCUGAUCUAGCCUCGAAACUCAAACAUACCAUGAUAUACGGUUCCACGUAUUUUGAUCGCCCUGAAGAUUUCGUAACACAAUUAGGAUCCUUCAAUUUUAAUCUCUAAUAUAAUAUACUACCAUAC